AUGGAGGACGCUCAGCCUGAAGGAGGAGAAAACAACAGAGACGUAGAUGUAGCUCCGGCCCUAAUUUCAGUUCACCCGACGCAGGAUUCCGUCGCUGUCGCGGUCGGGUCGGACCUCCGCGUCUUCGACCUCCGAGGAAAUUGUGGAAUAACUUUGGUAGAUGAAACUGGUGAGGCUUUUCAUAAGGAUUCAAUAAGAGCCAUCCGCUAUGGGGCAAAUGGGAAGCUGUUUGUAUCAGCCGGUGAUGAUAAACUUGUCAAGAUUUGGUCGACUGAUUCUUGGCGCUGCAUUACUUCCGUGUGCUCCGAGAAGAGAGUGAGUGCAAUUGCCAUAAGCAAUGAUGGACUGUAUGUUUGUUUUGCUGACAAAUUUGGAGUUGUUUGGGUAUUGGAUCUGCAUGGACUUGAUGGAAAUGAAACUUUAGUCGAUAAGAAGGCAGCGCCAUUGCUUGCGCAUUAUUGCAGCAUCAUUACUAGCCUGGAAUUUUCACCUGAUGGACGGUUUAUUGUUAGUGCAGAUCGAGAUUUUAAGAUUCGGGUAACUGUGUUUCCCAAGAAACCUUUAGAUGGAGCUCAUGAGAUACAAAGUUUUUGCCUUGGUCAUACAGAGUUUGUGUCCUGCCUAGCAUUUCUUUGCACUGCAGAAUACCCUCAGGGAUUUCUUGUGUCUGGUAGUGGCGAUUCAACUGUUCGCUUGUGGGAUAUUAACUCUGGAACUCUCCUCGAUACCUGUGAAGUUGGCAGUCAGGCAGGGCUUGUAGAUUAUUCUGGAAGUGAAUUGAGCUGUUCUACUGUCACUGAUCUAUGUACUAUCCCAGGUGGUAAUGUUGUUGCCGUGGCCAUUCAAAGCUUGCAAGGUAUACUCCUGGUGAGCUGUGAUCUUUCUUCUCAAACUCUUGGUGCUGUUAAGGUUGUUUCGAAUAUGGGAGAUAACUUCAUUCCUACAAGCCUGGGAUGUAGCUCCUCCGCAGAACUAUUGUGGACCAUAACUGGUGUCUCGAAACUACAUGGUUCUGAUUACAACUCCUUGGCCCGUGUAAGGGUUCUUUCUGGUUUCAAGAAGACCGUUCCCGGUACCACCAAGCAUGAGUUAACUGUGUUGGAUGAUAAUGAGGUACCUGGGGAAGAGAAACUGCUUGAAAAGUUGCAGGGAAGUGUAACUGUUGAGGAAGAGGUCUUCCUAGCAGCUGCUGAAGCCGUAAAAAAAUCAAUGUGCAAUCUGUUGAUUAAGAAGCAGUACACGACAGAGAGAAGAGAAUUUAGAAAGAGAGGUAGAAAUGACAAGAAAAUCAAACAAUGA